AUGGCUAAACUUGUGAAACCCAUCGAAUAUGACUGGAAGGACUCCAACGUGGCGCUUUUGGGCACUGCUGAAGAUAGAAAUUUAAAGAAUGCUGGACAAAAGUGGCUUUCAGUUAAGUCGGAGCAUUCUUCGUCGGCUCAUCGCACACUCAUGGCUGGACUUGUAAAACCCACCGAAUAUGACUGGAAGGACUCCAACGUGGCGCUUUUCGGCACCGAUGAAGACAGACAAGUGAAGAAGGAGUCCGCGAUGACAGAGAAGCACUGGGACAAGGUGGGAAAAGCCACUCAACCGUUCCUUUUCGUCUGGCGAAUUAAGCAAUUCAAACUUGAAGACGUACCACAGGAAGAUGUUGGAAAAUUUUUCAACGGUGAUUCGUACAUUGUCUGCAAAGGAACAAAACUCCCUGGGCAAGACAAAUUGAAGUAUGAUAUUCAUUUUUGGAUUGGAAAACACAGCACAGCGGACGAAUAUGGAACGGCCGCCUACAAAACAGUGGAGCUGGACACCUACCUUGAUGAUGCUGCUAUCCAACACCGCGAAGUUGAGGGUUACGAAUCACAGCAGUUUAAGAGCUACUUUGGUCAACUUGUGGUCCUUGAGGGUGGUUAUGAGUCCGGUUUCCGCAGAGUGAAGCCCGAGGAGUACAAACCGCGUCUUCUCCGUUUCUGCCAGGAAGGCAGGAUGACGUACAUCAAGGAGGUUGACUACACCAAGAAAUCUGUCAACUCCGGUGACGUUUUUGUCCUGGAUCUCGGAACGAAGGCCUACCAGUUCAAUGGAUCAAAGUGCAGCCCAUUCGAGAAAAAUAAGGUAUUUGUGAAGGGUCACCUCCGUGCUGGUAUCAGAUUUUUUUGCUAA